AUGAACGCAACAGGAAGCCACGUAUCUGCCAGCUUUUCAGGACAAGCGGAAUCUGCACAACUCUCACACGCGAGGAGUGAUCUCAUCGAGCCAGGACACACGACGCUGUUGCGACUGCCCAAUGGCGAGGUCCGAAGUAUCAAACUCGACGGGCACAGUAAUAUCAGUCUCGGAAGAUUUGGUUCGUUCGCGGCGAAUGAGCUUAUUGGGCAAAGUUAUGGGCUGUCGUUCGAAAUCGACAACAAGAAAUUGAAACUCAUGAGACCCCCGACAAUACAAGAUCUCGAGGAUACGGAGGCAACUAACGAACUCAUCAACGAUGGACAAUUCGUGCAACCUCUAACAUCCGAGGAGAUAGACACAUUGAAAAAAUCUGGUGUUCAUGCAUCGGAAAUAAUCAAGAAACAAGUAGAGAUGCACGCUACGUAUGCUUUGAAAACGGAAUACAGCAAGGAGAAGUACAAGAAACGCAAGGAGGCCAAAUACGGCAAAUAUUUUACUGUCGUGGAGCCGACCUUAUUCAAUAUCUGCGAAUACUGGUUUGCCAAGGACAAGACUCGAACCCGCGAAAUCCGUAUAGAUACAUUGUCCCAAAUGAUUACGCUAUGCAAUAUACGUCCGGAUGGUCGGUACCUUGUCGUGGACGAUGCAGGUGGUAUGGUCGUUUCUGCAGUGCUGGAUCGUAUCGGAGGUAUCGGUCGAAUAUUCACAAUCUGUGAUGUCGAUUCUCCGCCUACCUACCCCGUCUUGACCCACAUGAAUUAUCCCAAAAAUGUCCUUGACUCUGUCAUAUCCUCGCUGAACUGGUUAACUCUCGAAGAAGAUUACAUUCCAGGUACGCUGGCUUCUGAGGAUCAUGCGAGCCAGGCCAAAUCUGAGAAGCAAAAAUCGCGCCUGAAUAAGCGGAAAGCUGCUGCCGAUACGCUCCAAGGCCUUCGUGAAGAGCUAUAUGCAGGUGGUUUUGAUGGACUUCUGGUAGCGAGCGAAUACGAUCCGCUGUCGAUCAUGGACAAGCUCUCGCCAUAUCUAGCUGGCUCGGCGUCUAUAGUGGUUCAUAACCCUUACAUGCAGAUUUUAGCGGACCUCCAAGGCGAGCUACGCGGAAAGCCACAAUACUUGGGACCUACCGUGUCCGAGAGCUGGACACGCCGUUAUCAGGUACUUCCUGGCCGAACUCAUCCAUUCAUGACUACGUCCGGAUCAGGCGGUUUUUUGUUACAUACAAUCAAAGUGUAUGUGCAUCAUUGUGCGCCUGAUAACCUCACCUUACGGUCGUGGGUAGAUACGACGACCCGUCAGCGAAUUCCAUCAUGGCCUAUCGCGUGA